GCACUGGGAAGGAGACAGCUCCCUCCCCCCAAAAACCCAGCGCGCCUCACGUUGCAUGGGUCCCCGGUUAUUGAUAACACAAUUUGCCCGCUGGGAUCCAUCCCGGUAGCGUGGAAACUCGUGGAUAUCGGGAGUGGAAAUACAAGAGGCAUCCUGGACCGAAGAACAGCAGCGAUCUGCUCAUUAUCGGCGACAAAAUAGAGAGCCGAGCCCACCCCUUUGACUUGACAACGCGGCACCAAGCAGGCAGAAAGGUAUGGGAAUGUCAUACUAUCCGGUUAAAUGCCGAUUGAAUUAAAAAUCGGGUAUCUCGGGACGGUUGGGGAUGAUGCCGUUGCUUGGUGCGGUAGCGUUCACGCCGCUCACACUGCACCACUGAACUGGUGCUGCCAAGAAAGCAAUCAUCGUCGAUGAAUGCUAGAAAAUCAUAUUUGUGCAGCGAGGAAGCCCACAUUAGGGGAUAUUUGCGUUGAUGCCAACGUUGAGUUAAAUGUGGAGACGCUGCGGCAGUUUGACUUGGCAUGGAGCAAUAGUGGGCAUCGGGCUUGCGAUUCAUGCACGUCGGCUAUGAUGCUGCUGAGUGUCAUCAUCACAUCCUCGGUUAUUUAAAGAUUGAUCUUCCUGCAUUUGUGUGCGUGUGUGCACAGCUCCUUCCUGCAGGCCCCGUGGUUGUUUAUUGCCCGUUUUUUACACGCUCUCAUUUCGCUCUCUCCUCGUGCAGUGGUGCAGUACAAGAAAUGGAGCUGGUGUAGGAUAUGUGAAUUGGAUACAUGUGCUCUCUCUCUCUCUAUCUCUCUCCCUCUCUCUCUCCCCGGAUUGCUCACACCAACAUUCAGGCACGCAUGCACGCACGGACCUACGUAUACAACCACUUUGUGCUGGUUAUGCAAUUCGUCAAAUUCUUCAGGUGCACACAAUGCGCCUCACUUCGACGUAAGGGAGCUGCUCAGGAGUUUUUCCUUCUCAUGCUGUCACACACUGAUGCACCUUAGAGGGACAGUUUGAUAACAGGUGACAUCCAGAGCUGCUCAACCUCCUCUUAUGUUAGUUCAUUCAUAAAGCCCACCUCCACUCUGGGUGAUGGCUCCACUGGGCAUGCUGGUUCUCUCAUUCAUACUCAGAGAAGAGGCAUGAUUCAGACUGGAUUUGGGUUUUGAGAUGAAGUGACUGAGUGGUUCGACUAGGGGGGGACUGGAUGAGAGCCAAAUUCACAGCAAGACUCCAGUGUAUUGAUGAUUUGAAUCACUUGAAUAAAAGAAAAGUUAGUGCAUACUCUGGAGAGAGAUGCAAUGAUACUGUUGAUUUUCACCAUGAGACUGUUACUGAGUUUCCCUCUGAAAAAUGUGCAUGUAAUUGAGGGUAAACUCUGCUUGAUGACAUUUCACCAGCAUUGAUAAACAUUUCACCCUCUGUUAGGUUUGCAUUGUUUUUAAUUUGUUUGUGCCACAAGAUAAUUUACCUGAAACUAAUUGAUGUUUGAGGCUAAAAGGUUAUAUCUUUAAUUAGUUGGUGCCUUGACUGGCAUGACUACAAAUACAGCAUGUUAAAUCUGAUGUAGUAUUGGUGGCAGGAACUAGGACUGGGUGAUUAUAUGAUUGGGAUAAAUUUCAGUCCGAUCACGGUGAUCAGCUGUGAGCUUAUUUUCUCGAUCAAACUUGGCGAAAACGUGCAUCACAACAGCCAAUCAGAGUCGAGCUUUUCCUGCUCACUUCUGUAAGUUGCUGGACAAGUAAACAGAGUAACCGAACGUGGAGCUGAGGGCAGUAAAAUAGAUGUCAGCUAUGACUUGGAGUCAUCCUCCAAAGAUGUUAUUGUUGAGAAGAAAAGUUAUUUAACGUCUUGUUUAGUAUUUAUCUAUUUAUUUUUAGUACAGAUGCUUUAAAACUGGCAGUUUAAAAAAAAAAAAUCAUGAUAAUAAUCAAGAUCGGACAAUAUGACAAAGUAUAUCGUGAUCAUCUUUUUGGCCACCAGGCUGUUAUACAAUAUUAUGUGCAAUACAUGAAUGAUGUGUGGAUGAGAGGACAGUUACGUUUUCUUUUAGAAUGGUGAAUUUCAUUAUUUAAAGUUUUUUUUUUAGUAGGCUGUAUUAUAUUGUUUUUAUACUGUGUGCUUUUACACUUAUUGUUCUUAUAUUUAUUGCUUUUGUUGCACACUGGGAAGGGCAUCCUGAACUAAUUUUGUUGUAACCUGGUGUACAAUGACGAUAAAGUCUGAAUCAAAAUCUGAAUCUAGUACUGACGCUUGUAAAAGCAUUAUCAACUGUACACUGAAGUUAUUUAUCAGUAAAGAAGUGAUAGAUUUAAUGCUGCAGGCAUUUCAGCACUGGACAGCUCCUAGUUCUAAAAAGAGCUGAGUUUCAAUCUUGGAGCUGUCCGGUGCUGAAGUUACUCUGUUCCUGCUAUAAUCCCUAAAGGCAGUUAGCAUGAUGUUUAUAUUUAUAAAAAAAUAACUUUAUCCUUCUAAUGCACAAUAUUUUCUAACAUCUUCUCUUCAGGUUUACUUCUCAUCCUCCCAUCCUCCAUCCACCCUGACCCGCUGUGUUGGGGAAACCCCUGAUGAGUGGGACCUGUAUCCAUGAGCCCCGCGCCCCUUCCCCCUCCCUGUCAGGCUUCAGCACCCCCAUCUCAGAGCCCCCGUAUCGAAGACUCGAUGGAGACACCCCUGCAUGCACCCCCGAAACUGACCUGACCCCCACACAGUGUGUCCUCCGUAACGUGCUGUCCAUCGACACAGGCGGUCAGGUGGCACAGGGUGGCAGCAGCCCCACCCCCAGCGAUGGACCCUCAGCUCACUUUGACAACAGUGUGCUAAAACUACAUGAACAUGAGGCCUGCCAGUGCGGCGGCGGGGCCGAGGCCGGGCACAGUCCCGAGGCUGGUGCUGUCCGGAGCCAAUCGGACAACAUCCGGCUACAAUCAGGAAGUGGAGGUUUUUUGGAGGGACUGUUUGGCUGCCUAAAGCCAGUCUGGACCAUGAUUGGAAAGGCCUACUCCACUGAACACAAACAUAAUAAUGAAGGUAUGUUCACAACAAAUGUCCCUGUUUUAGGCUAUUUUACUCUGUGAAGUAUGCUCCCAUUUUACAUCCUGAACUUAUGGUCAAGAGGCAUUCAUUUACCAUGUGAUAUUUUUGUGCUGCUGUCAUAAACAUGGAGCUAGACUCAAAAGAAUGAGCUCAUGCAUGAAGGGAGGAUCAGAAAAGAAACUACAAGUCCAGCAGAAAAAAAGAUGUCCUGCAACAGACUUCAUGCAUCUAUUAAGUCCAAGGGUUCCAGCCUGGGGCCUUAAAAGAGUCACAAAACUAGUCUGACAAUGCGGUGUGGAGGAAACCAAAUCAUUUAACUAAUUUGGAUAUUUUUCUAACAUCUGUUUAGAGAUAUUAAAUGUUUAAUAAAUGAAUCCCCAAGAACAUUAAGACUCAAGCGUUCACCAAAAUGCAAUAAUUCAAGAAUUUUGGUCAGGAGUUGUCUUUUAAAAACUCAUUAAAAUAUAUAAAGUGAUUAGAACCAUAAACCACUUUUAUGAGGAAUCAUGAGCUUAAAACAAAGCACUACCUUUCUGUGUUUUCUUAAUGCUAAAUCUUAAUCUGAAAUCAACUAAAUCAACCACAGCUUUAUUUUCAAAGCUGAGAACUACACCAUUUACACAAGUUAUAUAAGAACAAUGAUGUUUUUAUAUAUAAAGUGGCAGAGAACUUAAAACAAACUGAACUGCGGGUACACUGAAGUGUUUGAGUACAGUCCCUUUCUGUUGUAAAGCAUGAGACCUCAGUUCGUUUCUUCGCUCUGUGACCAGUUGCCACCGUGUCCAGCUGGCAGAGUGAUGGUGUUCACGGCCCCGUCAGCCUGGCCCACUCUCAGUCAUCAGCUGCCGUGAGUUUUCACAGCUGGCCAGGGGAGGCGUCAUGUGCAUCCGCCUCGGUUGCAGCAGCCCUCCAGAGAUCUCGACACUUUCUGUGGACCUCAUGAAGAAUUGAUUCGGCUGUCUCUUUUAUUCUGCGCGGCUUGUCUGUCCUUAGUGACCGAGCUCUCACAGUCAUUUAAGAAGAGUCAAUAUGACAGAUGACAGACAGAUUAGAGGAUGAGUGGACUCUGUAUUCCCCUGAUUUUCCCCUUAUCUCUGGAUAGAAAUGUAAUGGGCUGCUGGAUCAGUUGUCAAUAUACCAUUUGUUUGAACAUGACAGGCCUUUUGUAUGAUGUAAUUGUGUCUUGCCGGCCCAUUCUCAUGUGUAGCAUGCAGCUAGCAUUUGUUCAGCAAACCCUAGGUAGAGUACAUAUUGACUUUUAGAGGUUUUGCAAAGUGUGAGGGAUUAAAUGUGAAUAAUUGCUCUUGAAAAACUGUUGCAAUGUCUGUGUAACUCCAGUUUGAGCUCCCUUCUACUCACUGAGCCUGUUUUUUUUUGGGAAUGCUGGUGUGUGUUUAGAGUCCUGGGAGGUUCCGUUUGAGGAGAUCUCCGACCUGCAGUGGGUGGGCAGCGGGGCGCAGGGGGCCGUCUUCCUCGGCAAGUUCCACGGAGAAGAAGUGGCCGUAAAGAAAGUGAGGGACAUCAAAGAGACCGAGAUCAAACACCUCCGCAAACUCAAGCACCCCAACAUCAUCACUUUCAAGUGAGGAAACUUGGGAGAUCCUCAGGGAUCACGUGUGUUUUAACUGCUUUGAUAUGGUAUGUUUUCUGACUGCAAUGCUUCCUUGCAGGGGAGUUUGCACCCAGGCUCCAUGCUACUGUAUCCUGAUGGAGUACUGUGCUCAAGGGCAGCUGUAUGAGGUGCUGAGGGCGGGCCGUAAAAUCACCCCAUCUCUUUUGGUUGAUUGGUCCAUGGGCAUUGCUGGCGGCAUGAACUACCUGCACCUCCACAAAAUCAUCCACAGAGACCUCAAGUCCCCAAAGUACGCCGCCGCCGAUCUCUUAAACAUUCACAAAACCUGGAAUUUCAUGGCUGAAUCCUUAUUUUCAUGUAACACUGAUAUCUUAUCUCACACUUUACAGCAUGCUGAUCACCCAUGACGACCUGGUUAAGAUCUCCGACUUCGGCACCUCAAAGGAGCUCAGUGACAAGAGCACCAAGAUGUCAUUUGCAGGCACUGUAGCUUGGAUGGCUCCUGAAGUCAUUCGUAAUGAGCCGGUGUCAGAAAAAGUGGACAUUUGGUAAGUUUGAUCAACACUUUCCUACAGCAGAAGAACUGAAGGACUACUAUUCCUUCCUGGGGGAUAAAAAGUUGCUUUUUUUAUAUCGCUAAAUUAAUUUGUUGUCUUUUAUCUCAAAGCUAUGUUGACUUCAAAGAGUCCUUAAACAUUUUCCCUGAUUUACCUCGAAGGUCCUUUGGAGUGGUGCUGUGGGAGAUGCUAACCGGAGAAAUCCCUUACAAAGAUGUGGACUCUUCCGCCAUUAUCUGGGGGGUGGGAAACAACAGCCUACAACUCCCAGUACCUGAGAGCUGCCCCGACGGCUUCAAGAUCCUCCUCAGACAGUGCUGGUGAGUACCACCAGAAGAAGUAGUGAAAAAGCUCAUCAUUGUGGUAUAUAGGAGUAGCCUCAGUCUGCAUUGUAAGGACUGUAUUGAUUAUCUGUUGUCGUCUUCCUUCUGUAGGAACUGUAAGCCCAGGAAUAGGCCGUCUUUCCGUCAGAUUCUUCUUCAUUUGGACAUCGCCUCAGCUGAUGUGCUGUCCACUCCACAGGAGACCUACUUCAAGUCUCAGGUAUGGCUUCCCCUGAGAGCCCCUGUCUGAUUAUGUAAGCUCAAUACCUGCACCAAAAGAAGUAUGCAUUUACAUUAGUGCUGCAAGAUAGAUAACCAAUGAUUUUGAUACCAGACAAACUGUUUCAGACAUUUUUCAGCUAUUUUGAUGUAAAAAUUUUCUGCUUUUUCUGUCAUUUAUUCCAGUUAAUGAGGAGUCUUUUGGUUUCAGACUGUUGCUUGGAUAAAUAAUGGAUUUCGAAGAACUCACUUUUGUAAUUUUGGAAAAUUGAAGGAACAUUUUUCACAAUUUGUCGUCCUUUAAAAGGAUUGAAGGAUUAAUCCUAAAAAAAAAUUGUCCAAUUACGAGAUAGUGACAGUAAUAGUUAGUCUCAGCUGCAUGAAUACACAGAAAAUAAAUGCACAAACUGCCACUUUGCAUCAUAAUCAGACUUUAGCUUGCUCUGGCUAAACUGCACCGGUUAAAAUAAAGUGUGCUCUCCCAGGCUGAAUGGCGAGAAGAGGUGAAACAGCACUUUGAGAAGAUUAAAUCUGAGGGUACUUGUAUCCACCGCCUCGAUGAGGAACUCAUAAACCGACGCAGGGAGGAGCUCAGGUCUGUUUCCUCUCAGUUUAUCAUCUCAUAUGUUUGUUUUAUAGUAACGCAGGGGAUCCAACCGGGAGAUGAUGGUGCUUUUUACUCUUGGCCUACAUGUAUGAGGCCACUUCCAGCUGGUUAUAUUUCUCAGUGUCAUGCCUUUGUCCGCCCUUGUGCAUGAAUUAAGUGCCCCGAGUGCAUGUCUAUUGUGAAGGAUUAGGAAUCUGUCAUGCAGAUGCACAAUGACAGCAGCCCUUUUUUUUCUUCUCAGGCAUGCCCUGGACAUCCGCGAGCACUACGAGAGGAAACUGGAGAGGGCUAACAAUCUUUACAUGGAGCUCAGCGCCGUCAUGCUGCAGCUGGAGCUCAAAGAAAAAGAGUUGCAGAGGUGGGGAGAAAAUCCAUGAAGACGGGUUAUAAACACAGUAAAUAAACGACAACGCGGUAAAACUUUGGUGUUUUUUCUUCCAGGAGGGAGCAGUCUUUGGAUAAAAAGUAUCCUGGUUUGUUUAAGCAUCACAGCUCCAGACAGAGCAGCUCCUCCAACACCAUGGACAAACUCAUCAAGAAGAGAAAUGUCCCGCAGAAGCUGCCCUCGGGAAAGAGGUGCGGCAUCUCAUUUUGUUGUUAUUUGUUGAAAGAUUAAUACAAAAACGGCUAAAUGGAUAUUCAUUAGGCGAGUGUUGACUAAUCCCUUUGUGUCUCCCCAGGCCAGACAUCCUGAAGUCUGAGGUAAUCAUUCCCAAAAUGGAUUCCUCCGUAAUGCAAGUCACUAUCCCAGCCUGCCCCAACAGGAGCUCCACUUCUCCCAGCCGAUCUCGGAGGGUAAAGACCCGCCACCGCAAGCCUGGUAAGGGCAGCAGCGGGGAUCUGGCCGGACUUAAAGCGAAUCAGUCCUCUCCUAACAGAGACUCAGCUGCCCAAGCGAACAGCUCCACUAACAACACCUCGAAGCAGCUCCUGGAGCCGUCUGCAGCCCUGCGAGGCCUCAGCCACGAGCAGCAGCAAAGGCAGCUCUCCUCCUCCAGCCCUGACCUCAUCUGCACCACGCUGGAAGCAGAGGGGCAAGGGAAAGGGGAGACCUCCGUGGGCGGGCUGGAGAGAGGUGGGAGCCUCAGUGCCUCAGCAGGGUUAGGGGGGUCAGAGGCAGGGGCGGCCGGUCUGGACGAUCUCACAGAAACUCCUCCACGCAGCGACACGCCCAGCGAGGAUGCAGCUUCGUUUCCGUUCUCCAGCAGCCCAGACUCGCCGUGUGGGAGGGGGGCGGGAGCAGGAAGGGGCUCUCUAGGAUCUCCACGUUUGCCUAAUGACGGGGACGAUAAAGAUGAUGGAGCGGGUGCUGUGAGGCUGCCUCGAGGGGCAUCAGGGGGGAUUGGGAGUCAGCACCUUACACCUUCAGCCAUCCUGUACAGAGCAGCUAUCACACGCAAACAGGUAGAGAGGCGGAUUUCUUCUUCUACUACUCUUCAGCAUUCCUCUGGUGUCACUUUGAUCAUCUUUGCUUGUGCAUUUUUCCCAACUACAGAGGCGUGGGGUGUCAUCCGAAGAGGAGGAGGGUGAAGUUGACAGUGAGGUUGAGUUACCACGGAGACGGUGAGUAACUUUGCAUCUUUUGUCACUUUAAACUCCCUCAAGCUUUUCCCCCCUCUCUGACAAGAUGACGUUGAAAAUUUCCUCACCUGUUUUUGCUCUUUUUCAAUCCACUCAGACGUCCGACUAGUAUCACCAAGUGUCAGUCGGUGUCCACCUUCAGUUCAGAGAACCUGUCAGUGUCGGACGGCGAGGAGGGCCACACCACCGACCACUCCCACAGCGGCACCCCCGAUGUGGUCAGCACCAACACGGAUGACAGGCUGGAUGACCGCAGCGACGACCUCCUCUCUCAGGGCUCUGAGAUCCCGGCGGACAACACGGAUCCCGCGCAGGCUUCAGAUGGCCUGUCGGAGCGAGACGGAGCCCUGGGCCAGGCCAAAGCUCAGCUGGACGGCGGUCAGAAUCCUAAUGAGGUAAAACAGCUCCACAGAGGAUCGCAUGUGUCAGUUCAUGUCAUCUUUUGAGACUGAUGCAAAAACACAACUCCAAAACAAAAAACAGAGAUGGAAAAUCACUGAGGGGGUACUUUUACUUUCGUCGAGUAUACGCAUUUAACUAAAAACAAAAAUACUGUCACUGUCCUUUACACACCUGAUGGAUAAAGCUGCUGAUGUCACAGAUUAGGAUUUAAAAUAAAAAAAUCUGAUUAAAGCUGGGAACAUAAAUAAAUUAUUAAAGAUGAAACCUUUUUUUACUGUUGCCAAUUUCAGAAACAACAUCUGGUGUGUUGACGCAUUUUAGAUAUUUAAUGGUUUUCACAUGAUUGCAUUGUUUUGACAGCUUUGGAGAAUUUAUGAAAAUAUCAUCAGAUAAAAAAAAAAAAAGUCGACUAAUACAUAACAAACCCAUCUAUCUCCCAAAACCCAACAGCAGGGGCCAGUUUCCAUCUUUAACCCUCACAUACUGUUCGGGUCAAAUUUGACCCGUUUUGACUUUUAACAGCAGUAAAAAUACCCUAAACGUCAUUCUUUAAGCCUGAAACUUGAUGACUUUUCCUGAAGUUGCCCAAAAUACAUGAAAUUAAUUUAAAAAUAUUCAUGUGUAUUUUUGUUUAUGUGCUACAAUUUUUUCCCCUCUAAGGUUGUUACGGGUCAAAUUUGACCCGUAUCUAUAUUUAGAUGGAUUUUAGAUCUAGCAGUGUGGGACAAGUGACAAACAGUAACAACAGUGUUCAAUAUAAGGUUUGUUGUUCAAAAAGAUAUAUUCAAAUCAUUAUGAAACUAUCAUUACCUUGACAGAAACACACACACACACACGCACACAGACAUAGAGUCACACAGACACACCUAGACAGAGGUCAAAAUGACCUAACUAGUCAAGAGAACUUUCUGUGACAGAAAGCUGCUCUUUGAACUCUUUGAAGGGGCAAUUUUGACCCGGAACAUACUGUGAAGGUACAGGAUAUGAACAGUAUGUGAAGGUUAAGCGGCCUGAAUUAGACCAGAUUCUCAUCAAUUUAUCAGCACAGAGCAGAUUUUUAAAUUCAUGGUACAAACUUUUUGAUAAUUCUAAGGUUAUGGCCUUCUUACUUUAGAAAACUUUUUUUUUUCCAGGAGCAACUGCAGUAAGCUUCACAACUAUUAAAUAAAACAUCAGUCAGAACUUUAGAAAAGAAGAGCUACUUGCAGCCAUAAAGGAUCUAAAUUAUUCGUUUUGUGUUCCCGUGCCCUCCACUAUGUCUUCAGAACCGAGCCUUGUGUGAUGACUCCGACUGCGACAGCGCCGAGCUGGAUCAAUCUGGAAGCGGAGAGCCCAGCCGCCCACCUAGCGCCGGAGCGUGGGUCUCCCCAUCCCAGCCCUACCAGGGGUCUCCACAGGCACCUCACACAGGACCUCCUUAGACCACUGGACACGAGUAAAGACCUGCAACUACCCUGGAAUGAACAAGCAUCACAGGCGUACACCAAUCUGUCAGUGCAGAGCAUUACUGUUGUCUAGAGGGAUCACACCUAAAACACGGCUCAGACUAUGACAAGUCCACUUAUGGUGUCUCAUGAGUUUGUUUCUGGCAAACCUUCAUCAGAUGACAUAAGACAUUUGUCAUAACCUGACAUCAGAUUUUUUGGCAGCUUGUGACAUCCGAUAAUGUCAUUUAUGUUCAGUAGGGUUUUUUAGGCAAAAUAGUUACCAAGGUAACCUUAGCCACUGCUCCAGUUCAGCAAAAACCCUCCACAGACACACGCACGCACAAGAUACCACACUUGUCCUUUAAACACUCUAAUCCUCACUCUGGGAGCAUCCUCCAUGAUUCUCCACACACUAAUGCAUCAAAUACUAAUGCAUAAUAAUGUAAAUAUCCAUGACAUACCACAUGAGAAAUAUCUAACUUUAUUUUGUUUGUAAGAUAAAAAUGUAAGACUAAACGGUAUGCAGCCCUGUGAACAAAUGCAUGACUACAUGUUUAUAAUUUAUGGUUCGAAUGUGUCAGUUUUAUAUUUUGUGAGAGUUUACACUUUUUUAAUCCUGGAAGUAUUACUUCAGUUACUUUGCUUUUUGUUAAUAAAUGUCAGCACUCAAGAAGAAAAAAAAAAAAAGUCAGACUGGAAUGAAAAUCUCACCGAGACAUUGAUCAUGAUGCAUAAUUAGGAUUCUCAGUAGGAAAUACAUAUUAUUUUUUUGAACCCUCCAGCUACUGAGUUUCAAAGACACAGGAACAUGGUUGAGGUUUUUUGUGUGAAGCUUAUCAAGUAUGUGACAGGACUGGAAACUUCUGGGUUCACUCUAAUUGCACUUUGUGUUUGGAAGGGGGGGCUCAGGGGCGGAGCUAGAUCAUUUUGACUGGUGUGACCAAACUGGGGCACCAACCAACGAAGGGGUCACAUGAAAAAUGGAGAACAUUUCUUAUUUUCAUAGCUCCCUUUAUCUCCACUUAUCAACUAUUACUUCACUAACAUUUAAAGGUACUGUAGGCAAGAAUCAGUUAAAGACGCAUUUUUUUUUUUUUUUUGUGGUUUAUAUACAAAAAAGCUUUUAAUAUCAGUCAAUAGAGAUUAGUUAUUGAUUACAUUUGGUAAUAUCACAAUAUCGCUGUGUUCUCUUAUGCCUGUGUCGUCAACAUCUGAGGAGGUGCCAGUUUCUGGGAGAAAUCUUGAAUGUAAACUCUACCCUUCCCAACCAGUUUUCCCCUCAGCUCCUCCUCUCCCCUCCCUCUCUGCUCCAGCAACCCCCGCCCACAAACAGACGCUCGUGCUCGCUCGUAUCGUUCCAAUUAAGUUCAGAUAAAUACUACGAGUGGGGCCCAGUCAACGUGAGAAACAUUGGUGCAACUGUAGAUGCCAACAGACUACCAGCAAACACAAUGUUUGCAGGACUGAGGGAAACAGUAUAGCGGCGCUAUAACACGCAGCAGGUCCCGUUUGACAAGAAACACUUCUGGUACACACAUUUAGCUCAUUUUGUUAUAACGGUUUACCUGUUAGGACGUGGAGCGUACGUCACAACAGGAGGGAGCAGCGUCUGCCUCACAACCAAUCAGGUCGGGGGAGGCGGGGAAUGGCUUUGUUUACAGUCGGAAUGAGCAGACCGCUCAAAAAUGUUAAACAGAGAACACAGCGAUAUUGGGAUAUUCCCAAAUGCCAUCAAUAACUAAUAGCUAUUGAUUGAUAUUAAAAGCUUUUUUGUGUAUACACCACAAAAAAGGGGCUUGUCUAACGGAUUCCUGCCUACUCCACCUUUAAGUAUCACUAAGAUGUUACAUUUCCUACAAGGGCUGUCAAAUUAUUAAGAUAUCUAAAUAUCUGGAAUAAUAGCUGGAUUUAGAUAGCUGAGCCAGACUUUUAAUUGCAUAUUUUAAAUUCAAUUUUAUUGCGUCUCAAAACAUUUUUACACUGCAUCAACAAAGUAAUUUUUCCCCCCAUUGUUAAAGCACUUUAGAUAAUUUACUUGAUUUAGUUUAAACCACAGGUCCCUCACUUUCAAUGGUUUGCCCAUACAGUUGACAUUAAUCAGAACAGCUGCACAUGUAGAGGGGUGAUAUUUUUAUCCCGUUUGGCACAAAAAUGCAUUAAUUUUUCACACAUCGACUGAGGUCUCAGUGUUUUUUUUAGUGAAAUGUGUUCAAAAGCCCAUCAGUGUCUUUUUUUUAUCACUGCAGAAGCAGAAAGAAUGAAGAUGUCACAGCACCUUAGUUAAGGAGUCAAAAUUUUGUUAAUUUUGCACUCUGCUGACACCCCUAGAUUAAGCAUAUACAUGUUUAAAAUUAAAAACAAACACAUGACCCUGACGAUGUUUCAAUCUUGAAAAGAACUUAAAAAGAAGAUUCAUGUCCAAAGUCGCAGUUUGCUGAACUUUGACACAACUCUAAGUCCUUAAUUAUGUACAAUUAAGGUAAUACCCCAACAUGAAGCACCUUUAGCAUAUUGUGUCCAACAUGUCUACAGAGUAAAAAGAUGUUAACAGACACAGCGCAGCAGAACCAGGGGUACUACAAUUCCCACAAUUCAACCCACUCUUGGUCAGAGUUGAGUUUGUCAGUGGGUUUUGAGCUACUUUGCUUAAGACAGUUAAGCUGUCUUGUGACACUACCUUAAACCUCUAGAUCCACCUUAAUUGGUAAAUUUCCCUUUUAGAGUUGAACCUAACAGGCUCCUGUACUUCACGGUGUUGAUAGGCUUCAGAAAAACCUCAGCUGUUCCUCCUACCCUUUAAGAUAACUGCAGAAGUAGCCAGAUAAGGAAUAGAGCACUCCUCUGUGGUGGUUACUCGUAGAACAGUAAGUAUCCUUUGGGUUUGAAUAGAAUUUUUUUUUAUACAGCAUUGCACAUUGUACCUGUAACAUAGGAGUUAUAUCAAAAGUAAAAUAUUAUGAGCAACAAUAAAAAAUGUAUUGGUUAAGAA